AUGGAGUCGCUGGUUGCGGUGAUCAACAAACUGCAGGAUGUCUUCUACAAGGUGAACCUGCAGAAGAGUCAGAUGAUCCGCUUGCCGCAAAUUGUCGUCAUUGGGUCGCAGUCUUCAGGAAAGUCUUCAGUUUUGGAGGCCAUCGUUGGGAGGGACUUUUUGCCUCGAGGUUCAGGCAUCGUCACUCGGUGUCCGCUCAUCCUGCAGUUGCAGCACGUGGAAAAAGGCAAUCUUUCACUUAGAAACGCCAAUGAUGGCACCAGUGACCUCAGUGAAUGGGGCAAGUUUGAGCACACUGGCAGCAAAAUUUACACAGAUUUUGAUGAAAUUCGCGAGGAGAUCAUCACUCGAACCGAGGAGAUUGCCGGCGAGAACAAGGGCAUCAGCAGUCAGGCGAUCAGUCUGAAGAUCUUCUCCAGCAAGGUGGUCGACCUGACGCUGGUCGACCUGCCGGGCAUGACCAAGGUGGCCGUGGGCGAUCAGCCGGCGGACAUUGAGGCGCAGAUUGAGAAGCUGGUGUACAGAUUUAUUUCCAGUGAGAACUCGCUCAUUCUCGCCGUGUCGCCGGCCAACGCCGACUUUGCCAACUCGGACGCCAUCAAGGCGGCGCGCAAGGUGGACCCGAGCGGCGACCGGACGCUGGCAGUGCUCACCAAGCUGGACAUCAUGGACACGGGCACGGACGCCACUGAGGUGCUCUCCGGGGGCGUCAUUCCCGUCAAGCUGGGCAUCAUCGGCGUGGUGAACCGCUCGCAGAAGGACAUCAAAGAGCGGAAAAGCAUCGCCAAGGCAAAGGCUGAUGAAGCCGCCUACCUCCAGGCGAAUUACCCCGAACUGGCCUACCGAAACGGCACGACCUACUUGGCAAAGCAGCUCAGUCAGAUUUUGCACCAGCACAUCGCCAAGUGCCUGCCCGAGCUGAGAGAACGGGUGCAACAGUCCAUUAACAAGUGCCAAGCGUCUCUAAACUCCUAUGGAGCCAAGAUAACAAAUCAAAGUACCAAAGUUUUUGCGGUUUUAAGCAGUUUUCAAAAAGAUUAUUGCUCUGCAAUUGAAGGCGGUCGCAAUGUUCCUAAUACUAACGAGUUAGACUGUGGAGCUCGAAUUUGCUACAUAACUCAUGACGUUUUUACUAAAUCACUCGAAGACCCUGGAUUGUAUAAAAAAAUGUUUCCAGUAGAAAUUCUGAAUGUUAUCAGAAAUAUUCAAGGAAUUCACUCUGGUCUAUUUAUUCCUCAGUCGGUUUUUGAACAACUAACUAAAAUUCAAAUUAAAGAACUUACAAUUCCAAGUUUAAAGUGCAUUGAGUUUGUGCACAAUGAAAUGAAAAAAAUUGCUCUUAGCCAAGAACAUUAUUCUACCAAAAAUGAUCUUACUCGUUUUCCAAAACUUGCCGAACAAAUCAACAGUGUUGUAAUGCAGUUCCUAGAAAAUAGGAAAAAAGCUACUGAAGAUUUUGUAAAUAAUUUGUUUAAAGUAGAACUUGGAUAUAUUAAUGUUCGACAUCCAGAUUUUUAUGAAAACUCUUUGCAAAUUGUCAAACUAAAUAAUUUAGAACUUAACCAGUACAAUUCUAUCAAUGGCAUUGCUACAAGUGGGCACAAUUUUCGAGCUAGUAACAGUAAAACCAUUAAACCAAAAAUGGAAACUAAUGAUAUAUGCUAUGAAGCAUCAAACAAUGACCGUGUUUUGACUGACAAAGAUAUUCAUGACUGCAAAAUUGUAGAACACCUUUUUAACACCUAUUACAAAAUUGUUCGCAAAAACAUUCAAGAUAUGGUGCCUAAGUCAAUAAUUACUUUUAUGGUAAAAUAUGUUCAGGAAAAUUUAUUGACAGAGUUAGUAGGUCAAUUGAAUAAACCUGAGCUUUUUGAUUUUUUGCUGACUGAAUCUGUGCACAUUGCCCGAUUUCGCCAGGAAACAACUGACUAUUUAAAUGUACUUAAAAAAGCAGAAAAAAUUAUCAACGAUGUUGAUGCUAUUCAAACUCUUUAA